UCCAUUCGUCCAAAAGGAAAAACAUUCCACUACAUCAACCACAAUUCAAAACAUCCUUUCUCUCUCUCUCUCUCUCUCUCUCUCUCUCUCUCUCUCUCUAAAACUCUUUCUCUCUCUAGAACAUUAACAACAACAUCUUCGUCAUGUCUCUUCGCGCGAGAGCCAAAUCCGCCAUUAAAGAGGGACCCUCCUCCUCGUCGUCCUCGUCCUCACAAUCUCACUCCCCACCACCACCACCACCUUCAUCGUCAUCGUCGUCGUCGUCGUCCUCGGCGCUCUCCCAGGCGCUCGCGGGGACCGCGUCGCUCGCGAAACUCCUCCCCACGGGCACCCUCCUCGCGUUCCAGCUCCUCACCCCGGUGUUCACCAACCACGGCUCCUGCGACCCCGCCGCGCGCCUCCUCACCCUCGCGCUCCUCCUCCUCCUCGCCCUCUCCUGCUUCCUCGCCUCCUUCACCGACUCCAUCCGCAUCCCCUCCCACGGCCGCCUCUACUACGGCCUCGCCACCCCUCGCGGCCUCCUCCUCUUCGACUACCCCCCGGCCCCGGACGACCCCCCCGACACCUCCCGCUACCGCCUCCGCCCCGUCGACUUCGUCCACGCCGCGCUCUCCGUCCUCGUCUUCGGCGCCGUCGCCCUCCGCGACGCGAACGUGCUCGGCUGCUUCUACCCGAGCCCCCAGGGGCCCCAGGCCCGCGAGGUGCUCGACGCUUUGCCCCUCGGCGUCGGCCUCCUCUGCAGCUUGCUCUUCGUCGUCUUCCCCACCACGCGCCACGGCAUCGGCUACCCCCGCUCCAUCGCCCCCGCCCCCUCCUCUUCCAACUAAAUCGUCGAACACCUUGCGUGCGUCGGUGCGCUCUCUCUCUCUCUCUCUACAUAUAUAUUAUAUUGUUUAAAUUGAAUUGUAUGUGUGGUUCGGAUCUAAGACACUGCGAUUAAUUUGUGUGCGUGAAUGGAUGAAUAAUAAAUAAUAACACUCGUUGAGGCAUUUCAUCGAA